AUGGCAACUCUAAGAAUUUCCUCCAUUCAUCCAACACUACAAGCUCCGGCCAACUUUGAUAAAACCCAAUCCCAAAAGUUCACUUCCUUGGAGUAUAAGCAGACACUCACUUCAUCGUUCUCAUUAGUUCAAAGACACAAACCCUCAUUCAAGACAUUCACCACCAUAUCAUCAUCUUCUAUUACUACUGAGACUGCAAAUAACUCAUCUGCAGUACCACAAGUUGAAACUCAGACCCAAGGUGAGAAAUUUGACUGGUAUGCCCAUUGGUACCCGUUGAUGCCGGUUUGUGACCUUGACAAAAGGGUGCCGCAUGCAAAGAAGGUUUUAGGUAUUGAUGUGGUGGUGUGGUGGGACAGAAACGGAAGUGCAUGGAAGGUGUUUGAUGAUGCAUGUCCUCACAGACUGGCUCCAUUAUCGGAAGGGAGGAUUGAUCAAUGGGGAAGGCUGCAGUGUGUUUAUCAUGGCUGGUGUUUUAAUGGCUCCGGUGACUGCAAGUUUAUCCCUCAGGCACCUACCGAUGGUCCUCCGGUGCACACAUCCAAGAAAGCAUGUGUAGGUUCUUAUCCAAGUACUGUCCAGAAUGGAAUAGUGUGGUUCUGGCCAAGUUCGGAUCCUCAAUACAAGGACAUUCUUGCAGAGAAAAAACCUCCCUACAUUCCAGAAAUGGAUGAUCCGUCCUAUACUUGCCUGAUGGCAAGUAGAGAGCUCCCUUAUGGGUAUGAGGUCUUGAUUGAAAAUCUAAUGGAUCCUGCUCAUGCCCCAUACGCACAUUAUGGAAUAAUGCCAACUCAAGAACCAGAAGAGAAGGCUGAUAGAGAAGGGGGCAGACCAAUGGACUUGCAUAUUUCUAAGUUAGACAUAAACGGUUUCACCGUAGAUGACCAGAAUUCAGGUCAGAGCAAAUAUGUACCACCAUGUCUGUUUUAUUCAUCUCUUAUCGGUCCAAUUGACAAUAGUAAUGGAGCUGCACUGUCGGGAAAAUUGUACGGUUUUGUGAAACCACCUGGAAAUGGAAAGGUGUCAGCCACAAGUAGAGCUCUUUUAGUUUUCUUCUGCGUUCCCGUUAGUCCAGGUUAUAGCAGACUGAUAACGACACACCCAAUAAACUUUGGUCUCUGGGUUAAGAUUCGUCCGCGAUGGCUAAGUCACACUCGACUCAACCUGAUUUUGGACUCAGACUUGUACUUGCUUCAUCUUGAGGAACGUCGGAUGAUGGAUGCUGGUACUCAGUGGCAGAAGGCCUGUUUUGUGCCAACAAAGUCAGAUGUCGUUGUCGUUGCUUACCGGAAGUGGAUAAACCAGUAUGCGGGUGGUCAGGUAGAUUGGAGAGGCAAGUACACCGGGGAGCUUCCCCCCACUCCUCCUAAAGAACAAUUGAUGGACAGGUACCAGUCUCAUGUGGUGAAUUGCAGCAGUUGCAAUGCUGCCCACAAGAAUCUGGGCCUGCUUAAAGUGGUAUUGCAGGUUGUUUCAUUUUCUUUACUCGGAAUUGUCGCUGCAAGCAAACAAGGCGUGCUAUCAUCAGUGGUUGCAAAAGGUACACUACUUGCAACAGCUCUGCUCUGCUAUGCAGGUUCGAAAUGGUUGGCUAAUUUUAUCUACAAAAUUUUUCACUUUCACGACUACAACCAUGCCCUUGUGUAAGAUUCAUGGUUCAGCGAGGUAAUGCAAUUACCGUAAUGAUAUACUGAACGCAUGGAACCAAAACUUGUUGAACAUAUGUUGU